AAUGAAGUUCGCGUUGUGUUUGUUGGCCAUCGUCUUCAGCGCCGUGGCUCUGCCCGCGGAGAUGCCGCUCGAGAGCCCCGAUGAGCUCGACUGGUCGAAGAUAACACCGGAAAACGUCUACAUUGAGCCAAUCAAUCCCGUGAAGAACGUCGACCUCCCCGAAUCUAGGAUCAUAGGCGGUAUAGAGGUCGCUCCCAAUUCCGUCCCAUACCAAGUCGGCGUACUCAUCAACGGCGCCAGCUUCUGCGGUGGCUCCAUCAUCUCCACCAGUCGUAUCUUGACUGCAGCUCACUGCACCAUCAGAGCCUCAUUCGUGGAAAUCAGAUUCGGAGCCCACAUCAUCAACCAGAACGAAGCCACCCAAGUACGCAUCACCAGCACCAACAUCAUCAACCACCGCUCCUACAACUCGUUCCUCAUCUCCAACGACAUCUCCGUCGUCCUGCUUCCGUCCGCCGUCACCCUCAACAGCAGGAUCCAAGUCAUCCCCUUGGCGCCGGCCAACGCAGGCACCUUCGAAGGGGCUAGGGCCUUCCUGUCGGGAUGGGGUAGGGAUUCCGACGCUUCCAAUGCCAUAUCCCCCGUGCUGCGCGGGGUCAACCUCAACAUCAUCUCCAACGCGGCCUGCAGGAACGUCUUCGGGCUGGUCGUCCUUUCCUCCACCAUCUGCACGUCAGGAACGGGUACCGUGGGUGCUUGCAACGGUGAUUCUGGCGGCCCAUUGGUGGUUGACGGUGUCCAGGUGGGUAUAGUGUCCUUCGGUUCGAGAUCGUGCGAGGCCGGAAAUCCGACCGCCUACGCCAGGGUCACUUCCUUCAGGAACUGGAUCACCGAGAACGCAGGCGUAUAAGUGACAUCCAUACGACGAUUGUGGGAAAGCAAAUUAAUGUACCUAUGUAUUAUGUUAGUUUAUCAAAUACAGACA